GCUGAUUUGUGCCAGCGAUGAUGUGAAGGACCCGCCGCUCGGCGCCUAUCCUAAGAGGCCCCUUUUUCUCGGGCUUCUGGGAAGUGGGUCGCCCUGGGCUUUGCCUGGCAUGUUCACUGCAGUUUCUCGAACCUACGUCUGUCUUUGUUACUCGGAAGAAGCAGACAAGCGGGCGUCAGUGGCUGGAGACGCGCGCCAAGGGCCGAAAACUUCAACUGUGCGGUUACCAUAAAGGGCGGGGGGCAUUCUGGGGUCGUCCCAAAAAGGAAGCGGAUGGAAUGUCGUGGAUGGUCGUAGAAGGAUCGGUGUAGGAGCCUCAAAAACGCGCCGGCAACAUGGCGGACAAGCGCUCACACCUUUUGUUCCUCUCGAUUCCUCAUUGUUCACGACCCCAAGCCCUUCAGAACGAUGGUGAAGGAAACCAAAUACUACGAUCUUCUCGAGGUAUCGCCCGACGCAUCUGAGGCCGACUUGAAGAAGGCGUACCGCAAGAAAGCAUUGCGAUUGCACCCAGACAAGGGCGGAGACCCCGAGCUCUUCAAGGAGGUUACCCAUGCAUACCAAGUACUAUCCGACCCCGACAAGCGGUCGAUGUACGAUGCGCGCGGUGAGGCGGGCCUGAACGACGCUGGCGGCAUGGGAGGUAUGGACGCACAGGAUCUGUUCAGCCAACUCUUCGGUGGCGGCGGUGGCUUUGGCGGUGGCUUCUUCGGUGGCGGCGGCUCGCGCUCACAAGGCCCGCGCCGGACAAAGGACCUCGUACACCGCGUGCACGUCAGCCUCGAGGAACUCUACCGCGGCAAGACCACGAAGCUCGCGCUCACCCGCAGCGUCAUCUGCAGCAAGUGCAAGGGCAAAGGCGGCAAGGAGGGCGCCGUACAACAAUGCACGACCUGCCGCGGCCGCGGUAUCAAGGUCACCAUGCGCCAGAUGGGCCCGAUGAUCCAGCAAAUCCAGUCCCCGUGCGACGACUGUGGCGGCGCAGGCGAAAACAUCAACCCGAAGGACCGUUGCUCGCAAUGCAAGGGCAAGAAGGUCGUACCGGACAAGAAGAUGCUCGAGGUGCACAUCGACAAGGGCAUGAAGGGCGGCGACACGAUCACCUUCCGUGGCGAGAGCGAUCAAUCGCCGACAGCAGAACCCGGAGACGUCAUCAUCGUUGUCGAGGAGAAGCCGCACGAGCGCUUCAAGCGCCAGGACGACGAUCUCAUCUACGAGCACGAGCUCGACCUCUUGUCAGCACUUGCCGGCGGUCAGUUCAUCAUCCGGCACCUCGAUGAUCGGGCAUUGGUGGUCAAGCUGGAACCUGGCGAGGUGAUCAAGAACGACGACUUGAAGGUUAUCCCGGGCCAGGGCAUGCCCCAACGGCGCGUGCACGAGCCUGGAGACCUCUUCGUCAAGUUCACCGUCCGCUUCCCCGACCACAUCGACGUCGACAAGAUCCACUUCCUCGAGCAGGCCUUGCCGCCGCGCGACCCGAUACCCAAGCUGGACAAGAACAUCCACCUGGAGGAGGUCGAGCUCAGCACGCCUGACGCACGGCGAUCGCACAUGCGCGAUCCGGAUGCGAUGGACGAGGACGAGGGCGAGCCCCGCGUGCAGUGCGCCAACCAGUAGUCUGUGCCACUUUUGCUAUCGAUCCAUUGCUUUGGACUUGCUCGGUCUUGUGUAGUGUAUAGAGGAGUUGUUAGUACAUUGUCGUGCAUGCAAACGUCCUAAUAUUAUUUGUACAAUCAGUCCCACUUUGUCUGCGGAUGCUUCUUGUAUUCUUCGUACAACUCGCGGUUAAAGAAGCUGACCUCCGUCUCGU